AUGUCCGAACAUACCGGGGUGAACAAAGAGCGUCGGACAGCAACGCGCCUCAGGCCGCGCAAACGGGUGGGGUAUGUGGCUGCUUCUGCUGCUGCUGUCGGUGUCAGAAUCAACGAUCGAAAUGGAUCUGGCCGUGCUGAGCGCAUUGAACGAGACGGGGCUGCUGCCAGAGCCUCAGAUGAUGGCGUCGUCGUGGUUGAUGAUCAUCCGACGACGAUUCAGAGGUUGGGGCAACAAGAGCUCAUGCCACUGCUUUCGCGCGGGAAUGACCUCAGGUUUAGAGUGCAGCGAGCUCGCGGCAACAGCGAAGAUGCUCGAUCAAUGGAACGCCCAGGAAUGUCGAAUGUUUGGAGGGUGGUCGGCGGUCACCUGACGCAAGAUGAAAGCUUGCCGCAUUCGAAGCGGAGGGAUGCCGAUCUGGUGUUUGCGCAGUACCACGAACCGUUACCAGACGCCUGUAACGCGGUUCGGUGGACACAAGGAGCGCCGACGUGCGGCUUGUGUCCAGGAGGGUUUUCUGAGGCGGAUGGCCCUUUGCUGAUCGCAAGCUUGGCGCUAGUACGGUGUGGGUGGCAUCCAGGUCGGUGGAGUCGGUCUUGGAAUGACAACCGCAGCGUCGGCGUCCUGAGUCAACAGCGCGGAGCCUGUUUCAGCGCAGUCGUCGCAGCGGUGAUGUUGCGAAUCGAUUGUUGA